AUGCUGUUUAAAUCACUUCUGGAAGCUUCGCAGAACUCUCCGUUCAAGUCACCUUUCACAACGGUGAGCUGCCAAAGUGCGCCAGCAAUGAACGAGGCAGAAAUGCCGCCAAAGAAGCUGACACCGAAUCAUAAUAUCAUGGCGGCUGCCACAGUUGUGGAGGGAGAUUCGUGUGCAUUUGGUUCAAAUAAAUACUUCGCACUAUGUGGCCUUGGCGGUAUUAUAUCGUGUGGUCUCACUCAUACUAUGGUUGUGCCACUAGAUUUGGUUAAAUGUCGCUUACAAGUGGAUCCAGUUAAAUAUAAGAGCGUCUUCAAUGGUUUCCGCGUCACUUUGAAAGAAGAUGGUGUUACUGGCUUGUCUAAAGGCUGGGCGCCCACAUUUUUCGGUUACUCUAUGCAGGGUCUUUGCAAAUUUGGUCUUUAUGAAGUAUUCAAAGUUAUGUAUUCGGAUAUGAUUGGUGAGGAAAACUCGUACUUGUACAGAACUUGGUUGUAUUUGGCUGCCUCUGCAUCGGCUGAGUUCUUUGCCGAUAUUGCUUUGUCUCCAAUGGAAGCAGCCAAAGUAAAAAUACAAACAACGCCAGGUUUUGCAAACACUCUACGUGAAGCACUGCCUAAGAUGUCUCAACAGGAAGGUAUUGCUGCUUUCUAUAAGGGUUUGGUGCCUUUGUGGAUGAGACAAAUUCCAUACACUAUGAUGAAGUUUGCCUGCUUCGAAAGAACAUUGGAAUUGUUGUAUAAAUAUGUCGUGCCUAAGCCACGUCAAGAUUGUACGAAAGGCGAACAGCUCGUUGUUACGUUUGCUGCUGGUUAUAUUGCUGGUGUAUUUUGUGCUAUUGUGUCACAUCCAGCCGACACAGUUGUGUCCAAAUUAAAUCAAGAAAAGGGUGCAUCCGCUUUCGAUGUUGCUAAGAAACUUGGUUGGUCAGGUCUCUGGGGUGGUCUUAUGCCUAGGAUUGUGAUGAUUGGUACAUUGACUGCUGCACAAUGGUUUAUUUAUGAUGCUGUUAAAGUAUACCUGCGUAUGCCUAGACCACCACCACCAGAAAUGCCAGAAUCACUUAAAAAGAAGUUGGGAAUUACCGGUGAUACCAAAUAAAAAUAAUAGAUUAUCAUUUUAAGAGAGUACUAAACUAAUAGAUUAUAAUGGAAGCUUAGAAAAAUUAUGUGUAUCUAAUUUGCAAAUAUUUAUGGAAUGUUAUUUAUAUAUGGAAAUGAUGAACAAAAAUUUAAGAUACUGGAAAGGAAAUAAAUUUAUAACUGAUAAUAAACUUGAGAGUUAAACUUAUUAAAGGACCAUA